ACGCAACUGCCCGUCUCCGAACAAACUCACCACCACCACCACAACUGCCGCCUUUGUCCCCUCCCCACCGCUUGCACCUGCCGUCGUCUACACUCGCCUGACCCGUCAGUUGAUGCGCGCAAUAUAACACUCGCCCCGCCGCCUUGCUCCGAGCAGUAUCCGCAUCCGUCUCCCCCCACUACCUCCUCGAAUUGCCUCACCAUGGCUGCCAACGGACAGCAGGUCUUCGACCCUGUGCUGGCGGCGCACAAUACCAUGGCGUCACAGGCGGAUCGCGCACAGAAGGAGCAGGCACAUCAGUUUCUGGAACAGUUCCAGAAGUCGGAAGAGGCAUGGACAACCACACUGGCUAUGCUAGAGGCAAACUCAGCAGACGCGGCCGCCAAGCUCUUUGCUGCCACGACACUCAAGGGAAAGAUUGUAUACGAUCUCCACCAAGUGCCUCGCGCACAGCUUCCAGAGCUCCGAGCGUCCAUCAUGCGGAAUCUGGCGAUAUUCCAUGCUGGACCCAAGCCCAUACGUCUGCAGCUAUGCGUGUGUCUGGCGAAUCUGGCCAUACAGAUGACCGAGUGGAAGGAUGUCCUCAAAGACGUUGUCAACGCCCUCGGUUCAGAUCCAGCAACGCUACCUUGCGUCUUGGACUUUCUCCGUGUUCUCCCCGAAGAAGUCACACACGGACGCAAGAUCGCUCUCACAGAACACGAGUUGACUAUGAGGACGACCGAAUUGAUCGACGACAACGCCCAACAAGCCCUGGAACUCCUCAUCCGAUACGGCACUUCUUCACCCGCUGCCGCUCAGAACCCGCAGUUGCUCAACUGUAUCACGUCCUGGAUACGAGAGAUACCUCUGGAUGCCAUCAUCAACUCCCCUCUGCUCAAGAUUAUCGUCGAAGACCUGUCCCUAGAUGAUCCAUUCGAGGCCGCUGUGGAGUGCUUGAGCGCCCUUAUUGCUGAGACCAGAGAUGUCGACGAGACUCUCAACUCGAUAAUGAUUCUCUAUCCCCAGGUCAUCAACCUCCAGACCAAGCUCGCUGAAGCGGCGCAAGAGGAAGACUCUGAGAAAUUCAAAGGUAUCGCCAGGAUAUUCGCUGAAGCAGGAGAAUCGUGGGUCAUUCUCAUCGCGCGCCUACCGACUGACUUCCGCGCCCUGGUUCAAGCAAUACUCGCCACGGCAGCGCUCGACAAGGAGAGGGAUGCCAUAUCUCAUACCUUCAAAUUCUGGUACGACCUGAAGCAGUAUCUCACCAUCGACAAGUACGCCGAAGCACGCAACCAGUGCAUGGACAUCUACUCCAAGUUAGUGGACAUCAUGAUCGGCCAUCUCGAAUUUCCCAAGCCAGAAACUGGUGACGAGAAGGAUCUGUUCGAAGGCGAUCGUGAUCAGGAAGAAAAGUUCCGUGAGUUCCGUCAUCAGAUGGGCGAUGUGCUGAAGGACUGCUGCGAGGUUAUGGGUGUCGUGGAGUGUCUUCAAAAGCCCUAUGAUCUCAUGCAGCAAUGGGUCCAGACUUACGGCGCUCAAGCUGGUCCGAACAAUGUGCCCGAGUGGCAAAAACUGGAAGCGCCCCUGUUCGCUGUCAGAGCUAUGGGUCGCAUGGUACCUCCAGAUGAGAACAUUAUGCUGCCUCGUCUGAUCCCACUCAUCGCGGGUAUACCCGACCAUCACAAGCUGCGAUUCCAAGCUGUGAUGGCCCUCGGAAGAUAUACCGAAUGGACCGCACAACAUCCUGAUACGCUACAGCUGCAAUUGGAUUACAUCAUGGCCGCCUUCGACCAUUCUACCAAGGACGUUAUUCGAGCCGCUGCGCUAUCAUUCAAGUUCUUCUGCAACGACUGCGCAAGCCUGCUGGUAAACUUUGUCGGCCCCUUGCAACAGUUCUACGCAAAGAAUCUGAACAAAUUACCAAUCAGCAGCCAAGAGGAGAUCACCGAAGGUGUUGCUUCAGUAGUCGCCAAGGUACCCAACGAACAGCUUUUGGCAACACUCAAGCUGUAUCUCGACCCGGUCAUGGCCCACUUGAUCGAAAUUGCGCGACAAGCAAAGGACGAGGCGGACCAAAAGCUCAUCGCCGACAAGAUCAACCUACUGACCAUUUUCUUCGAGAUGGUUAGACCAGAGAUUGCGCCUGGACAGGAACAUCCAGCGGUCAAAUAUUGCCAGGAGAUCUUCCCUACCCUUGCCAAUAUGAUCACACACUUCAACACAAGCAUACCUAUCCUGGAGCGUGUAUGUCGGUGCUGGCGAUACAUGGUGCUCUCCUACCGUACAGCGAUGCGCCCGCUCCUGCCUGAUCUUGCAACCAAGCUGAUUGAGGGCUUCGAUAAGUCGAGGCAGGGCUGCUUCCUUUGGGCGACUGCAUCCAUCGUACGGGAAUUCUCACAAGGUGUAGAUGACGUUGACCCAAGUCUGGCGAAUGAUGUUUACCAGUUCUAUGAGCAGCAAGCGAAGACCUUCCUGCGCAUACUGAGCGAUCUGCCACCCGAAGAGCUUCCAGACCUUAUCGAAGACUACUUCCGCCUUGCUGCCGACAUGGCACUCUAUUUCCCCUCAGAGUCGAUCAUGUCGCCACUCAUGGACACUGUUCUUCUCGCAGCCUGCAGCUCUCUGACACUGCUUAAAGAAGACCCUAUUAUCGCAGUACUCCACUUCCUACGUGAUUUGCUCGGUUACGGUCGCAACUCAUCGCCCUCAUCUAGCUUCGACAACACCCGUCACGACGUCCCCGAGCAACUGCGAAACCGCGUCAAGCAACUCGUUGUUGGUGCUGGCGUUCAGUUAGUUCAGCGUAUCAUGACUGGAAUGAUGUACAGCUUCCCUGAAGGCUGCUUCGCCGACUCUUCUGGUGUACUCCUUGAUCUCUUCGAGCUCAUGCCUGAGCAAGUCGCUCAAUGGGUUGCCAGUACCGUUGGAAUGCUACCACAGGGCAGCAUCACGCCUCAAGAGAGUGAGCGAUUCCUCAACAAUAUCCGACAGCGUAUCCAAACUGGCGAUGUCAGAAUGAUCAGGACCAUUCUUCAGGACUUCACUACUAGCUAUCGCCGGCGCAAUGUGGCACCCCGUGAAGGUCUCGGCAGACUGGAAGCCUCGCGGUUCAGGUUCUCUGGUUAGAUGCUGGAUUCCGAACCAAAGCUUCUGUUUCGAAACGUGAACGCGCCAGAAACUGAAGAGCAGCUAAGAUGUUCUGCGCUCCUACUUCAAAUGAGCAAGCUGAGCGCCUCCAUAGGCCAGUAGGACAGUCGUAUGUUUGGUGCGUGGUGUAGUGUAUAUCGAAUAGCAUAAUUGUACUUGAAGCGUUUGUGUGUGGGCAUUUGCAUGGAAGAUCGGAAUAUGAAAGGGCAGGAUACCAUCGGUGGGACAAAGUGCGGGUUAUUGUUCAAAAUGCUUAGAUACCGUUCAUCUCUAUACUUUACAAUUCUCAUGUUUGUGUAAGUGUUCAGGGUGAUCAUUGGCUUGCUUCAUUGCAGUCACCAUAUCAGUAUUGUGAAAUAGCAG